ACUCGCAUCCCUGGCGGGCUCCCCCUCUUCUCUGCCAGCGCCUGCGGCGGCGCCCUCCUCUCUCUGGGACACAGUCUCCCCAAACCCCCACCCCGCUCCCACUUGGCCAGCCAGCCGCCGCCUCCCCCGCACAGCCUCCCUGUGCGCCGCGGGCAUCCCUACCUCCUUCGCUGCGCACUGCAGCCACUCUUGGGGGGGCGCCGAGUCCUCAGGGGGACAGAACCCCUACUCUCCCUGAGCCUCGAGGCCGGAGCUGGUCCUCGCUCCUGGCAUCUCCGGGCCUAGAACUCCCCGCAUCGCCCAGAUGUUUAGCACUCUGCAUGGAGAGAGAGAACGAGCGUGUGGUGACAAUAUACAGCCUUGACAUACUCCUUUUCCUAUUUGGAACCAGCCUGUUGUUCCAUGUCCAGUUCUAA